UAUUUUCUCCAAGAAAAACACACAAAACAUGGAAAAGGAAAACAAACGCAAACCCAAAUUAUGGCACCGCUUCUCUGCCAAAAAAGUUACUAUGAUUUUUUCAUUCCUCGUCGUUUUCAUCCUCCUCAUCAUCUUUCUCCACAAACCUUCAUCUCCCACCUCCAAGUCCCCAACCCAACGCAUCGUCAAGGAAACUCAUUCCAUCAUUCACUCCAAGCCCUCAUCUGCCUCACCCGCGAGCCUAGAGCGCGUUGUUUUCAACUCCGUCACUCCCAGAGGUUCCAUCAGCGACCACCACAAAGUUGUUCUGGUCACCGGUGCAGCUGGUUUCGUUGGCACCCACGUGUCCCUCGCGCUAAAACGGCGAGGAGAUAGUGUCGUAGGCCUUGACAACUUCAACAGAUACUACGACCCUAAACUCAAACGCAGUCGCCAAGAUCUCCUCCUAAACGAAGGCGUUUACGUGGUCGAAGGAGACAUAAACGACAUGGCGCUCCUUAAUCGGCUUUUCGAUACUGUUCGGUUCACCCAUGUGAUGCAUCUGGCGGCUCAAGCUGGAGUUCGUUAUGCUAUGAAAAACCCAAGUUCCUAUAUUAACAGCAACAUUGCUGGGUUCGUUAGUCUACUCGAAGUAUGUAAAUCUUUGAAUCCAAAACCUGCCAUCGUGUGGGCUUCGUCUAGCUCUGUCUAUGGUUUAAACACCAAAUUGCCGUUUUCAGAAGAAGACCGUACUGACCAACCAGCAAGUCUCUAUGCUGCUACAAAGAAAGCUGACGAAGAAAUAGCACACAGUUAUAAUCAUAUCUACGGGCUUUCGUUAACGGGGUUGAGAUUUUUCACUGUGUACGGACCAUGGGGGAGACCAGACAUGGCAUACUUUGAAUUCACUAAGAAUAUAUUGAAAGGGAAAAAAAUAACUGUGUUUCAAGGGCCUGGAGGUGUUUCUGUAGGCAGAGAUUUUACGUACAUUGAUGAUGUUGUGAAGGGUUGCGUGGCUUCAUUGGAUACCGCUGGGAAAAGCAUUGGGAGGGAAGGAAAAAGAAAGGGUUUAAAGGCGCCUUUGAGAGUUUUCAAUAUAGGGAAUACUUCGCCGGAGAGUGUUGAGAAGCUUGUGGGGAUUUUGGAGAGGUUGUUGAAGAAAAAAGCGAUGAGGGAUGUACAAGAAAUGCCUAAGAAUGGAGACGUGAUGUUCACGCAUGCUAAUAUAAGCUUGGCAACAAGGGAGCUUGGGUAUAAGCCUACUACAGAUUUGGAGACUGGGUUGAAGAAAUUUGUGGAGUGGUAUGUUGAUUGGAUCCAAAAAGAUUAGAUAGGGUUACUUAGGUAUUAUUGAUUAGGUUUAUUAAUUAAAUUCAAAUACAUUGGUGACACUUUUUGUAUUGUAUUAGUCAAUGCAACUGUGUUUUUUGAAU